GCGCCAACGCUUGUCGAAGUAAGAUCUACGCGCCGAUAAACCAAAACCGUGUGCAUCUACCCCAUUUUUAUUCUAUCGCGAUGGCGAAGUGUGCCGCUUGUACUACACUUGUAACCAAGAAAAAACCGGGAUUGCAGUGUUCUAAGUGCAAGAAAUGGCUGCAUGGAACAUGUGCAGCCAUUUCAACUGACCAACUAAAUGCGUUGUUCCUGACGGAGUCGGUCGAGUGGAUGUGCAAGGCGUGCACCGGCAAGGCCAGGCCCGCCCGCCUGUCCUGCAUCCUGCCAGACGCCGAGGAGGACGAGGGCGUCACGGAUACUGAGGACGCUUCUGCAGACAAGAUGACGAAGAAGUACAACGGCGCGCUCGAACAAAAAAUCAUGGACAUGGAACAGAGCACCAGGAAAUUAAACCUCGAAAUAGUAGGAAUUGAAGUAUUACCUGACGAAAACCCAAAGAUAAUAAUAGAGAAACUGGGUGACCUAAUGAAAGUCAGCUCCAAGGAAAUAGAAAGUGCGACGAGGGGGGCGCCCAGGAGUAACGCUAAACCAUCACCAAUAACUGUGAAGUUCUCUUCAUCUGGAGCGGCUGCGCGCGACGCCUGGCUGAAGCAGCGUCGGGCCGCGCGCGCCGUCACCAGCGACAUGCUGACGGGAGGCUCCCAGACCAGCGCCGUGUACGUCAACGAGGACCUGAUCCCGGAGACCCGAGAGCUGUUCUGGAGAACCAGGGCUGAACUCCGUGAUGUAUGCAAGUACAUAUGGCUGAGCGACGGCAAGGUACUCGUCAAGCAAACUGACGGAGCUAAAGCUUCAAGAAUUAAGUGCGUAAAUGAUAUCAGUGACAUUAAAAAGGUGAUAGUGAACAAGUGAUGUCUAUCU